GCUGGGCUCUUACGUGCGUUCACAGAGAAGCGUGGGGCUGCAGAGCAAAGGGAACACGGCAACGGAUUUAGAUAAGGAUUAUCGCUGUUAUAGUGGUUUCACAGCUAUGCAAAAUAAGAAAAUGCAAGAGGAUUAGUGACACACAUCAAGUGAAGCAAAAUAGCAAAACAGAGUGAGAAAGCGAGACGAGACUCGCCUCAGAGAUGAGAGAGAUGCUCAUGUUUAUGAACAGACAUUCAACACAAGGAAAUCUCCAGCUCUGAAAUAUAUUUAAUAUGCUACAAGAUUGUUAUUCUUCACUGCCAUCGGGUAGUAGCGAAAGGUUCCCUGAAGUCUUUGAGCCGUAAGAGCUCAGAGUACAUUCUGCCACAAAUACUUCUGUCAUCAAGGGGAUGUAACGGCACAGUCAAGUUUUCCCUUAAUCGGCGGGACAUUUUGCCAGAGGAAUUUUGCGCUCAAAGAGUUUUUAAACAGAAUGUGAAUAAGGUAUCACUGUUAGAGCUGGCUAUAGAAUGGAGCACCUGGAAUAGGUCUCUGCCUUUUUUUAGUUGGAACAAUGGCAGCAUGAAAUCAUAGACUCAAGGUUUUUUUACUUACGUGGAAGGAGGGCAACAUGGCAAAGCCCUUCUACAGGCUUCAGCGCUUCUUGCGACGGACUCAGCUGCUCUUCUUGUUCCUCGGUGUCGCAUACAUUAUGGCUGGAAGUGUUCUUCUUCUGCAGAGACAUGGAUUGGUGGUGUCACAGCGUGGGACGAGCAGUUACUUUCCUUUGCCGUCUUUGCCAUCUCCUCCCAGAGCCCUGGAGGCACCUGCCCUCCGAACAAGUUAUGGAAUAAUGGGAGCUCGGCUAUCCGGAAAUGGGGUUUUAUCUGAAGACAACGCUGGAUCACAAUGGCUGAUCUCUAGAAACCAGGAGAUCCGAUAUCUGAGACGUCGCUGGUUCCACAGCCUCAUGUCCGAACAGGAAGCAUCCAGAGUGGAGAAAGUUCUUCCGAAAAGAAAAAUCCGACACAAAGGCACAUACAUUGGCUGCUUUCUGGAUGACGCUAAAGACCGGGCGCUCAAAGGGAUGGUGUUUUAUGACUUCCGGAAAAUGACCAGCACCUUGUGUCAGGACACCUGCACGGAAAGUGGCUACCAGUUUGCUGGCCUUGAAUAUGGGUCUGAGUGUUACUGUGGAAACCGCAUCACAAGCACUCGGAUGAAAGAGGAGGAGUGUAACUUGGACUGCAAAGGUGAGAAGGGUGCCAUCUGUGGAGGUGUGUCCCGUCUGUCCAUUUACAAGGUGGAGGAGGUUCUUCCUGGCCAGCGGAGAUACAGGAACGUGCGCUACCGGGGCUGCUUCAAAAAACCUGACAACACUUCAGCAGCUUCUCUGGCUCAUGCCGUCCAGCCCAACCUCACCUCCCAGUGGUGCAUCCAGACCUGCAUGGAUCAGGAGUUUCCUCUGGCCCUGGUCAGGAAGCCUGACUGUUUCUGUGGCUACGCUACUCCACGCUUCACUCUUCACGAGCCUGUAAAAGAGGAGCUCUGUGCUGUGGAAAACAGCAGUCUGCCUACCCAGGGUUCCCAUCAGCUCUUCCUUCAGGUUUAUCAGACACCUGUUCAAGAUUCCAGAUGCACAGAGAAGAAGUUUCUUCCUGAGAAGUCCAGCUCACUGGUGGCUCUGUCCAGUUUUCCUGGUGCGGGGAACACCUGGGUGAGGCACUUGAUCGAGCUCGCCACAGGCUACUACACAGGCAGUUACUACUUUGAUGGCACCCUCUACAAUAGAGGCUUCAAGGGUGAGAAAGAUUACUGGAAGAGUGGAAGAACCAUCUGUGUGAAGACACAUGAGAGCGGCCAGCGGGAUAUAGAGAUGUAUGACUCAGCAAUACUGUUGAUAAGAAACCCCUACCGCUCACUCAUGGCUGAGUUCAACCGCAAGUGCGCUGGGCAUCUUGGUUACGCUUCUGAACAGCACUGGAAGAGCAAAGAGUGGCCUGAAUUUGUGGGUAGUUAUGCCUCCUGGUGGGCUUCUCAUGUUUUGGACUGGCUGCGUUAUGGAAAGAAACUUCUGGUGGUGCACUAUGAGGAGUUGCAGGAAUCACUGGUGCCCACAUUACGAUCCAUCACUUCCUUCCUCAAUACCAGUGUCAGUGAAGAGCGGCUCCUCUGUGCUGAGUGCAACAAGGAUGGCCACUUCAAGCGCUCAGGUGUGCGACGGCCCACCUUUGACCCCUUCGCCCCAGAUAUGAAACGCCUGAUUGAUGGAUACAUCAGCACUGUGGACCAGGCCCUCAGAGCCAGCAACCAUUCUGGGUUGCCAAAGGAAUAUCUACCAAGAUGAUAAGUCCAGAACUAGAGUACAGGACUGUCUGUCUCGCUCAAGCUCCAAUGCUACAAACUGUGAUGCCCAGGAGAUAUUUUGAUUUUUUUCCUUACAUUGAGGUCAGAAAUAAUGCCAUAUGAUGCUGGUGUGCUUUGAGAUCAUCAUGUUUUAAAGGCAGUAUGGGGAUCAGUUUGUAAAAGGAAGCAAUUUGCAGACUUGAACUUGAGACUCAGAAACAUCUCUAGUCAGAGGCUAGUCUCAGCCUCAAACGUCACCCCCACGGACCAUUGGCUAAACGUCUAAUGCAUAUGGGACACAAAAGUGGAAACACUUCAGGAGUGUCAAAGUCAUCAUCGGAUUGGUUGAAUGUUACAGGAUUUCGGGGAGACAUGUGUGUCGCGCUCUUUAACGUUCCACCUGGAAACAAAGGUGGCGCCAACCCCCUCACAAAAAAAAGAAAGCAGUAGUGUUUACAACUGUGAUGACGAGUGCUUAUCAGGAUCAACUAAACACUGGAGUUUCAAAAGAAUGUGAAAUAUUUAACGUUUGCGGCAUAGAAUCUUUAAAAUACCUCCGAGAGUUUUACACACCGGUCUGUUAUUGUGGUGACAUUUCCACACCUCGAACCGUGACGCUGAAUGAAACGAACUGUGAUUGGUUGUUUCACAUGUCAGUCAAAUGGCCUCAUGGGCGGUCCUUGGCCAAUGAAAGCUGCCAUGAAUCCCAGACCAUCAGUCUGAAGGUCUGGCUAUGCGAGACUAGUUAGAGGCAAAAUAAGUCAA